CAUAUAAUUCCUCUGCUCAGUUACACUACAUCUACAGCAAUUCGCGGCGACCUACUACAAGCCCUCGCGAUUUGAUUCACUGGGGAAUUUCAUACUACUCUCGAUUCGGCGUAGGAUUCAAAGUCCACACAUAAUUUUGAUUAUGAGUAUCCAGCGCUCUUGUAAUAUCAUUUUGAUGUACGGGUCGUGUAGAAAAAUGGCGAAUCAGGAAUGUUGGAGAGAAGAAUUCGUUGCUGAUGGAGUGAUUGAGCCCCUUCAUGACCUCUUUAGGACACUAGAUGUUCUCAGCAGCGGGGAAUUAAUCUGAUGUGCUACGGUAAAAAAAAUGCAGACUUUCAUAUUACUCGAGGUUAUUGGGGUGAAAUUUAGUCGGCGAGGCUGUUGGUUAUACUGCUGAGACGUAGCUAUGUCUCUUUGAAGGAUUCUAUGAUGGGUUAACGAUGUUAUGGUGGGGAAAAGAAGGCCGAGCUGACGUCCCUACAAUAAAUGUCUCUAUUAUAAAUCAUACCUCAAAGUUACAGGACAUCUGCAACAAUGGCACAGUCUCUCCCUGAGCUACCUCCAGACAUCCUCUCAGAGAUCUUCUCGAGGCUCCCGAUCAAGACCCUCUUUGCAUGCAGGUCCGUUUGCAAAACCUUUCUCAAUCUAACCUUUUCCAAUCCUCCCGUCAACUUUUUGCGCUCUUCAGACACAGCGCAAAAUCUCAUAAUCCAAUUUGGAGACUUGCACAAGCCCACAACAUUGAUCCACUUGGUCGACUCUGAACUUGAUACUUCUUUUGGGUCUGGUGAAAGAGUCUUCUUGAAACCUAUGUUCCAGAUUCCUAAGUAUCCAGUUAAGUAUUUCAAGAAAUGCCGUCUGUAUGCUGGGGACGAAAAUAAAUUUGUUUUGGUUAAUUCAUGUAAUGGGUUGCUUUACUUUGCGGAACGAGGUGUGUGUGAACGCUCGUUUGUUUGCAAUCCUAUUACUAAUGAAUAUGUUACCCUCCUUGAAUUUAAUGAGCAAAAUAACGAACGACAGCUGACGAUGGGUUCGUGGUUUGGGUUUAGUCCGGCAGAGAAUCAAUAUAAGGUCCUGAGGCUUUUCUCCACUUUAACUGGUAAACCUUGGCAAAUUGGUUUCAGGCAGGAGUUCUGGGCUCAAGUGCAUGUGGUUGGAUCAGAUUCAUGGAGAUAUCUUGAAGAUAAACCACUCUCAGAGUACCUGUCAUGGGAUACAUGUUCAGUUUUCUUGAAUGGAACUGUUAAUUGGCUCUGCAAAUAUCCAGAGUUAUCAAAGUUCAUAAUCUUCUUUGAUUUUCAGAAAGAAAAAUUUGGGGAAAUUCUGCCUCCACCUAGUUUUGGGAUAGAUCAGCGACUCAGUAAACAGAGCAUGAGCAUCGGAGUCCUUGGGGGUUAUCUCUGUGUGACUGAUGACACUCAGCAUUUUGAUAUAUGGGUGAUGAAGGAAUAUGGCUGUCAAGAGUCUUGGACAAAGGAGUAUACCAUUGAUACUACGAUCCCUGCAGGUGAACCCCUACGUGGCCCAUUCAGACCAUUGCAAAUGCUUUGCGAUGGGAAAAUAUUGAUGAUCUGGCUUGGGCGUGCUCUAGUGUGCUAUGAUCCCAAAAACAAGAAAUUUCGGUUUUUUGAGUUUAUUGGGGUGGAAUCACUUGCUAAGGCUGUUCCCUAUACCCCUAGCUUUCUUUGCCUGAAGGACGCUCUGAUGGUUGACAAUGUGAUGGUGCAAAAUAUAACUUCAAGUGCAUCUGGUUCGGAUUGAAGGUUGUAUGUUCUGGGGAAGUGUAUGCUAGUACUAUUUUCGUAUUUAGUAUUCUUUCCUGGUACUGUUUUCGUAUUCGUAUUAUGUUCUAGUACUGUUUUUGUAUUCAGUAUUCUGUCCUAGUACAGUUUUCAUGUAAUGUGGGUCAUUGGAUCAUUUCUAUUACUGUUUUUAUGUAAUGUAGAUCGUUGGAUCCUAUCUACUAUUGUUUCUAUGUAAUGUGGAUUGUUGUAUCA